AUGUGCACUAUCGUUGGAUUAUAUUUAAUUUUCAAACAAAGAAGGCCAUGCUUCGACUGUGAAAAGGGAUGCCCAAUCGGAACUCUUUAUGGAAUGCCAUCAGGUGAUGCUUUAUAUGGAGCUGUGAUUGGUUGUUACGCUUCAAAAAAGAAUUUAUUGAUCGGAAUUAUUACCAUGCUCUCUGUAUGUUUUUCGAGAGUAUCUAAAGGUUACCAUUCUGUUUUACAAACAAUUGUUGGCGCCUCAAUUGGAAUUUCAAUUUAUUUCAUUCAAAUUUACGCAGGAUAUAAAUUCGAGAUAUUCAACUGGCUUAUUGCGCUUUUCUUACCUUUACAGGCCCUUUUUGAUAAGAAUUUAAAGAUUGCAACACCAAAGAAAUUUGAUAAUCUCCAUGCAUGGCUCUUUUUCGAUAUUUCUACUCUUUUAUUUGAUUUCUUACUUUGCCCACCUGAGGCUUAUAACUUAUUUGCAAAUGUUCCAAUUACAAUACCAGCAUCCAUCUAUUACUUCACUGUAUUCUUAUCUUCAACAUUUGCACUUUACACCAUUGAGAAAGGCAUCUCACUCUCUCUUGUUUAA